GCGUCAGAGCCAACCGCUUGCCAACACGCCGUCAUCCAAGACAGCCGCUCCACUCCCUCCUCCAAUGAGAUGUACCAAGAACACUGCCCAGGCUAUGCAUCCUUGGCCACACGCAGUGGAAGCGCUCUUGCGCCCAGCAAGAAGGAGAAUUUAUAGCCAACCUCAAUAUUUGCUGCUGCCUUAGCUAGCCUGCCCCUGAGUAUUCGUGUCAAACAUGGUCAUGAUUCAGUACCCUAUAUACAGUCUGUAAUCCCAUUCCAACCUUCUGACACUCGUUGCCAGCCUCCGUUGCAGCUUUCUUUCGUUUUAAAUACUCCAGUCACUCGCUCAGACAGUUUAUUCGUCGAUUAAUAUCAUGAAGUCACAUCUGUCAUGGGCAUUGACUGCCCUCGCUGCCACAGUGCCUCUCAGUGCAGCUCAGACAUACUCGAGUUGCAACCCCACGAACAAAACCUGCCCGCCUGACAAGGGUCUCAACCAGUGGUCCCUGACCACCAACUUCACCGAGGGCUCGUCUUGGCGUGAUAGAUGGAAUGUGACCGCCGAUUCCGUGAACAGCACCUCCAAAGGUGCUGAAUUCGUUAUCAGCCAGGAGGGCGAUGCCCCCACUAUUGAGUCCAACUUCUACAUCUUUUUCGGAUAUGUAGAGGUCAGGUUCCGCGCUGCCAACGGCACCGGUAUCGUCAGCACCAGUGUGAUGGAGUCUAACGACCUGGAUGAGAUUGACUGGGAGCAAGUCAGUACAUGGGACUCGGAAAUCCAAACGAACUACUUUGGCAAAGGCAACACCACCUCCUACGACCGUGCCACCACCGUGAACGUCACGACUCCCGAAGAAACCUACCACACCUAUGGAGUCAACUGGACUUCCAGCAAGACCGAAUGGAUCCUCGAUGGUACUGUCGUCCGUACACUCGAGUAUGCGGACGCUGUCGAUGGCAAGAACUACCCGCAGACCCCCAUGACCGUCCGUGUCGGUAUUUGGGCUGGCGGUGAUCCUGACAACUCCGAGGGAACCAUCGAAUGGGCCGGUGGUGAGACCGACUACGGCGACGGCCCGUUUAUCAUGUAUCUGGAGUCGGUCAGCAUCAUUAACUACACCCCCGCCGAGUAUUACAACUACACGGACAAGACUGGCGACUACACAAGUAUCAAGGCCUACAACACCACCACAUCGUCAAAGUCGACCAAUUCGUCCAGUAGCUCGUCCUCGUCCUCGUCGUCGAGCUCUGGUUCUUCAAGCUCGAGCUCCGCCUCUGUAUCCAGCAGUGAUGCCAGUGGUCUUUCCUACAGCGGAUUCCUGAUGACGAUCCUUGGGCUGAGCGCAUUCGGGGGAUUGCUUCUUUAGACGACAUACCAACGGCUGUGCCAUAUGUAUUGAUUCAUCGCAACUGUAUAAACCAGCCUAUUUUGUAGUACAAUCAAUCCAGGAGUUUUGCAU